CCUUAAUUAUCCUACGUCUUCGGCUGCUUAAGGAAGGGGCUGUGCUUUCGGAAUCCCUUCAGAGCCAAGUAAGGAGGUCCCUCUCUUUCCCUCUCUCUCUCUCUCUCUCUUUUUUUUUUAAAGGACCUCGUGAAAUAAAAGUGCCGAAAACAAACCCAGGCGAUCACAGCAGCAGCCGCGGCGGCAGCAGCGGCACAGCAGCAGGAGGAGGAGGAGAAAAGUUGGAGUCGGGGCAGCGCUCCGGGGUGGCUGGGCUGCGCGCAGCUCCCAUUCAUUAAGCAACCGGCUGCGGAGGAAGGUGGCCGAGCGCCCGCGCUGCCCACUCGCUGCUUUGCGCACAGGCACGCCAGCGCCGAGCGUCCAGAGCAGCGCAGCGCAGCGCAGCUUUGCACAAGUUUCUGCUCGGGAGUUGGCUCUUUUCCCCUUGGACUUUCGAACGAUUCGGGGUUGAGACAGGAAAAGCAGAGGAGCACCAGGGGAGUAGAAAGCCCCGCCGCUUGCGUUGGAAGCGGGCAGCGGGGCCGCUUUCUCCCGCUGCACCCCGAGCCAGACCCGCCACUCUCCCGAGCAGCCUCGGCCAGGAGGCGACCCGGGUGUCUGGGUGUGUGACUGCUGUCUCGGGGCCAGCGCCAUGCAAAACUACAGGUACGACAAGGCGAUCGUCGCGGAUAGCAAGAACGGCGGCAGCCCGGCGCUCAACAACAACCCGAGGAAGGGCGGCAGCAAGCGGGUGCUGCUCGUCUGCCUGGACCUCUUCUGCCUCUUCAUGGCGGGCUUGCCCUUCAUCAUCAUCGAGACAAGCACCAUCAAGCCUUACCACCGGGGCUUCUACUGCAAUGACGAGAGCAUCAAGUAUCCGCUGAAAACCGGCGAGACGAUUAACGACGCCGUGCUCUGCGCCGUGGGGAUUGUCAUCGCCAUCCUCGCGAUCAUCACAGGGGAAUUCUACCGCAUCUAUUACCUGAAGGAGAAGUCCCGGUCGACAGUCCAGAAUCCCUAUGUGGCAGCCCUCUAUAAGCAAGUGGGCUGCUUCCUCUUCGGCUGUGCCAUCAGCCAGUCCUUCACAGAUAUUGCCAAAGUCUCCAUUGGGCGCCUGCGUCCUCACUUCUUGAGCGUCUGCAACCCUGAUUUCAGCCAGAUCAACUGCUCCGAGGGCUACAUUCAAAACUACAAAUGCAGAGGCGAUGACAGCAAAGUCCAGGAAGCCAGGAAGUCCUUCUUCUCUGGCCACGCAUCCUUCUCCAUGUACACUAUGCUGUAUUUGGUGCUGUACCUGCAGGCCCGCUUCACCUGGCGAGGUGCCCGCCUGCUCCGGCCCCUCCUGCAGUUCACCCUGAUCAUGAUGGCCUUUUACACGGGACUGUCCCGAGUGUCCGACCACAAGCACCAUCCCAGUGACGUCCUGGCGGGAUUUGCUCAAGGCGCCCUGGUGGCCUGCUGCAUAGUGUUUUUCGUGUCUGACCUCUUCAAGACCAAGACCACCCUGUCCCUGCCUCCCUCCGCCAUCAGGAAGGAGCUCCUGUCGCCUGUGGACAUCAUCGACAGGAACAAUCACCACAACAUGGUGUAGGCGCGCCCGCCGCCCUGGCCGAUCUGUAACAUGACUGCUGACAGCAAGUUUUUGCUGCUGCUCUCCAAUCUCAUCAGACAGUAGAAUGUAGGGAAAAACUUUUUGCCCGACUGAUUUUUUUUUAAAGGAGAAAAAAAAAAAAAAGUCUUCCUUUGUGGCCUUCCAAAAUAGGUAGCGUUCACCUGUAUGGAAAACAACAGCCAGCCAGCUAACACUGAGUGCCGGAAGCCUGGAUGUGCCGUCGGUUCGAGUGUUCAUGUUCUAGUGAGCACGGGCUAGCUCUGCAACAAACACUAAAAUGAUGCGCCUAGUCUGCCGGUCACCCCUGUGACCCGAGGAGCUCAAAUUCACUUUGUAGCACAGGAUGCCAGAAACAGCACUGAAUCAAGAAAACAGCCAUUAGGGGUUCCCCGCUUAUGUCCCUCUGUCCACACCACUUGAUUCUCUGCUGUGACUUUGGUUCAGGAACUUUUUUUUUUUUUUUAACUUUAAGAGCAGGUUUGCUCAGUUGAGUGAUCACAUCCUGAAUCCAAAUUCGCCUCGUCCCUCCCUCCCUCCCUUCCUCAGCCUGUAGGCCGCAACCACAGUCCCUCACUUUCGUGAUCGGGAGACUCUGUGGAUGAAUGAAUUUCACAAAUAGCACAAUUUCAGAAGAGCUUGAGGGGGGCACAGGCCCUCCUGUGUCUUCUUUUGACUCGCCGUCCUGUGACGCUGAAACGUAGAUUACAGGGUGCUGAUGCUGUGUGCACCAACCACCCGGGCGCCGCACACUCUUACUGCUUUCUCCCUCGAAACCCUUGCUGUGUGCCCACUGGGAUUGCCUGGGAGGGUCCGGAGAUGAGCAAAGAUGCGGUCCGCCAUCGGCUGAUGGAAAGCAGCCUUCUAUGCAAGAGAUGAAGGAGGGUGGAGGGGGCAGAAUGAAAAAGGAAGCAACCUUUUGGCUGCUCCAAGCCCGAAUGAGCCAGGGUAGCAGCCAGUCUCACGCCUGAGGGGCUGCCCUUCCGGAUAAUGAUGCUGUCGGGGGCCUCUGUGGGAGCCGCUCUUGCUAAGCCGUGUAGAGCGCUGUGGUCUUGGGGUUGAUCUCCAGGGCCAGUUCUUGGCAGGUUCUGCUGGGCAGAACACGUGGGUUCAAUCUCUGUGCAGGUUCCUCAUUCUCUGUGCAUAAGUGUCCUUCCAAGCAGGGUCCCACUCCCGGUAGCAGACAGGGACUGCCUCUCCUGAACCUUUGAGGGACAGAGGAAGGAAGAAAUGCUUUCAGAUCUUGGAGGCAAACCUUUCAAAGGGCUAAAUGUAACCACAUGGGUCAACCACAUGCACAUCCUUACUACAGAAGCCGUCCUUUCAUUUCAACUUAUAGCAAGCUAUGAUUUUUAUAUAUAAAUAUUAUAUAAAUAAUGUAUAAAACAUUCAAAGUUAACUAUGUAAGAUAUUAUUUCUGAAACAAUUUUAGCUCUAUCCACUAUGAUUAUAAACUGUGUUUCGACCUGUGUUAUUUACAUUAGCUGCUUAAAGAAGCAUCAAGUUCAUUUUGUUUUAAUAUCAACUAAAAUACCGUAGUUCUGUGGUAGACACUGUUUUUACAAUGGAAGAAAUAACUGCAACUAGAGAAAACUGUAUAAAAACAUUAAAGUGUCAGUAUUUUUGUAAGGUUCCAUUUUUGUAAAGAGAAUAAUAUUCAAAGACUUUUGUAGAAUACAAAGUGAAAACUUGUAUCUGCGAAACUAUACUUGUAUUAAAUGUGCUUUUUAAAUAAAAGCUCAUAACAACUAA